AUGCUCAUGUCGUCGCAGCCGCCUCCGGUGCCCUCCUGGAACCAGCCGAAGGAACCAAACGUGUACCAGAAGUACGACCUCCCGAUCGCUCCGCCAUUGCUCAUCGGCUUCACGCGCAGCUGGCCAAUGCUGCUGCAAACCGUUGUCGGAUACGUCACGGCGGGCUGGCCGGCGGACCAAAUAUACGUGGUGGAAAACACAGGCGUCCAUGAUUCCAACGCGUUGAACAGGUUGUCGCUGCAGAACCCGCUUUACCUCAACCACACGCAGUUGCACAUGCUCGGCGUCAAUGUCAUUAGCACGCCGGUGUUACUCAACUUUGCCCAGCUGCAGAACUACUUUGUUUCGGUCAGCAAGGAGAGGAAAUGGCCGUACUAUUUCUGGAGUCACAUGGAUUCGCUCGUAUUGUCUCUCGAGGAAGGCGAAGAGGGACUCUCAGGGCCCGUCAACACUCCCGACUACCAGACCAUCUACGAUCUUGCGGUGAAGGAGGUCAAUCAUACCCUCCACACAGACAAGAAAUGGGGCGCUAGGUUCUUUGCUUAUGAUCAUCUUGCUCUGGUAAACCCAGUAGCCUACGAAGACGUCGGCGGCUGGGACACCUUUAUUCCGUACUACAUGACGGACUGCGACAUGCACUGGCGACUUGAGGAAGCGGGUUGGAGUAUGCUCAGCGCCAAGGCAGGGGUCAUCCAAGAUGUGGCGUCGGUGCUCGAAGACCUCCGUAUGCUUUACCGGGAGACCGAAGUACCAGAUGGAUUCAGCUUUACCGACCCCAACCCACCAGUACCAAAGACAGCCGAUGACCAUUUGAAGAAGAAGACAGCUAGGGGACUGGAGGAUAGUGUGGCUAAGCUGCCACCAAAAUCGGGUGACGGUGCCGUAAUCGAUGGCGCGGACUUCACCACAACAGUUCGCGACCCGAUUCCAUCUUUCAAGCGGCUCUUCCGUAUCGGCCAGGAUAUGUUCAACCACAAACACGCCGAGCGAGAAAGGAAUACAUGGCAAGUGGGCCAGCGAGGCGGGGACCCCAGCGAACCCUACUAUUACGACGCAUAUGGCUUUGAGACAGGCAUCGACGUGAUGACAGAAGCUGGGCGCGAGGUGUUCCGGAGGAAAUGGGGACACCGUGGUUGCGACUUUGCCGCUGCUGGCUUACACCCGAGCGACGCUUGGAAGGUCGAGAAGGACUGGGAAUAG